AUGUGUACAUCUCCAAAACCACAGCGUUCGAUCCGGGACCAGAUACGCAAGGCUGGCCUUGACUGGCUUGACUACUUCGAUGGAUGGUACUACGGCGGUCUCUGGAAGCUUGGAUCCACUUACCAUGCUCAGCUAUUCGAUGAACUUUAUUCUAAUAGUGACUGGAUAUAUCACGGCCUGGUGGUGCACGCGCAGCGCACCUCUACGUUCUUCAAGCCUAUGUGCUACGUAGAGAACUUGGGAUAUUUUUUUAGGCCAGCCGACCCUUCUACGGCGGUAUCCGUUGUGAUUGGACACCUCUUUAGUCUGAGUCUGACUGGACAUACUACGGACUGGUGGUGCAAGGCGCACAAAGCACCUCUACAUAUGCAGCUGGCCAACAGCUGGCGGAUAGUCAGGCUUAGAGGUACCCUGUUCAAUUCGGGGCCAGGUCCAUCAAUUCUCGCCGUAUGGAGUUUUUUAAACACUCAAGGUGGUUUACUAACACGCAGCAACGCUCUGAUGGUACCUCUUUCAAAUUGA